AUGCACAAAAUAAAAGAUAGCGAAAGUGAUAUAAAUUCAGAUGACUGUAAUGCAACAGCACAAGAUUGCAUUUAUAGUUUUAGUUCCCCAAAAAAACAAAAAAUAGAUAUUUCAAAUAGUUCUCAAAAUUCAAGAACAAAGGAAAAUGAAAACACAAUUCCUUCAAAUACUGACUACACCAAUAGUAACCAACUUAACAUUACCGAAUUAAAAAAAAAAAAAAAAAAUUACGAAUAUGUGAACGAUAGUAAUGAUGAAAACGAAACGGACGAUAACAAUGGCGAAAACGAAACGGACGAUAACAAUGAUGAAGAUAGUGAAUAUGAACUGGAAAAUGAAGAUGAUGAUAAUUCUGAUGAAAAUAUGAACAAGUCAGAAGAAUUAAAUGAUAGAAACGAAAAUAAAGAAAAUGAAGAUAUGGAUGAACAAAAUAGUUUACAUGAUGAAGAGUUGAAUGAAUUAAUUGACGAAGAAUAUUUUAAAGAAAUUAUUCCAGCAAUACCACGUGAUAUAUUAGGAACAUAUAUAACUUGUUUAAAAAUAUGUGGAUUCGAAAGAGAAGUACAAUUAGAUAGAAUGAUAAAUUUAUUAGGAGAUUUAAGAGAUCCAAUAUCUGUAAUUCAAGUUUUAGGAUUACCUGGAAUGGGAAAAACAAAAGUUGUCAAAAGCUUUAUAAAAUUAUUAAAUGUACCAUAUGCAUAUGUUAAUUGUUUAAUGGCUGUUUAUCAGUCAGGAAAAUCAGCAAAAAAUGCUAUAUAUCAUACAAUAUUAAGAGAUUUGAGUGUUAGCUUAUUAAAAGAAUUUGAAGAAUAUAAAAAAUUUAAUAACAUUACAGAUUACCAAUAUGAUCCAACAAAACUAGUUCCUAAUCAUGUAUCAAAUACAGAUGUAUUUUUUAGUACAUUGCAUAAACUGUUGUCAUUCACUCCAGAAAAUGAAUUUAAUUUGAAAAAAAGGGAAAGCAGUAAAAAGGAAAGCGGUAAAAAGGAGAGAAAUAAAAAAGAAAGCGGCAAAAAGGAUGGCGGUAAAAAAGAAAGCGGCAAAAAGGAUGGCGGUAAAAAAGAACUAGAAGACGAAGAAUAUAAUAUAAAAAAGAAUAGGAUAAAAAUAUAUAGUAAUAAAAAUUAUUAUAAAGAUAAAUUAUAUGAUAGAUCUGUUGUAUUUAUAUUAGAUAAUAUUAGAUAUUUAGUUAGAACCCAUCCUGAUUUAUUUUAUGCACUAACAAGAAUACAUGAAUAUAUUAAAGGACCUUAUAAUGAUUUAACCAAAGCUAAUAAAACAACAAGAGGGUUGUGUGUAAUAUUAAUUAAUAGGUCACCAUUACCUGAUGAGAUAUUUGAUGGAUUGCCACAACCGCCAACUGUUUGGUUUGAUUCAUAUACAUCUGAUAUGUGUAAAAAUAUAUUAUAUAGAUUAUAUAGUACUAUGUGUUUUGAAUCGUUGCUAACUUAUAAUGAUAAAGAUCUCAAAAUAUAUUACACUAACAAUAAUAAUCAAGGAAAUAAUGGAAAAGAAUUUGUAAUAAAAAAAAAUAAUGUUGUUUUGGAAAAUGAUGUUAUAUAUGAUAUUUGGUGUAGAUAUAUUGAUUAUAUUAUAAAUGUUUCUUAUAAAGAUUAUAAAAGUGAUUUCCAUGAAUUAUUAUUUUUAUGUUCUCAUAUGUGGCCUUUAUUUAUUAAGCCAAUAAUAGAUGGAACAUUAGAACCCAUUGUUGAAAAUAUGAAUGCUUUACAAAGAAAUAUAGAUACUCAUAUUCGUGUUGCUACUUAUAAUCAUGGUAGUCAUUUUACCUUCGAGUUAACAGAUUCUGUUUUUUUAAAUCAAACAAAUUUAAAAAAUAAAAUUGAUUUAUCAUUUUAUUCAAAAAUAUUAUUAUUAGGUGCAUAUUUAGCAUCUAGAAAUUCACCAUUAACGGAUAAACGUUUUUUUAAUGCAACUGUAAAAGGAGGUGCAUUUAAUUUGCCAAAAAAAAGAAAAACAAGAAAUAGUAAUGAAUCUAUAUUAACAUUAAUAGGACAAUCUAUUCCAAAAAUUUUUACAUUUAUAAGAUGGUUAUGUUUAACAGAUUGUUUAUUAGUAUGUUUUUUUGAUGAACAGUUAAUAUUAAAUAGCUUAAUAUGUCAACAAAUCAAUUCUUUGAUUCAAUUAGGAUUUGUUUCAUAUUAUACUCCUAAUAAUUUAUCUUGUUUAGUGCGUAACAGUUUAAUGAAUGGAGUACAAUGGAGUGGUUUUUGUGGUAGUACACUUUUAAAUUCAGCAAAUAAUUUUGCAUUUUUGAAUAAUAGUGUUUUUUGUGAAACUAAUAAUUCAGUUACUUACGACCCUCUCGACCCAUAUACAAAAUUAACUAUUCAGGUUCCAGAAGAAACAAUUAGAACCAUUUCGAAGGAACUUAAAAUACCCAUUGACGAAUUAAUAUUAUAA